AUGCCACCCCCUUCUGCAGCCCAGAUAUCCCGCCUCUUCGCCCCCUUGGCCAUCCAAGGUCGCCAACAUGAAACCCUCGCCCUCCUCGCCGACGAUGUCGACUGGACCAUCUGCGGCCACGCGCCACCCAUGUCCCGCCGCUACACCUCUCGGCAGGAGUUUCUCGACAACACGCUGAAAGUGCUUCGCGAGCGCGUCCUCACAGAGCCCCUGCGUCUCGAGGUGCGGAAUAUCGUCGUCUCGUCCACGGCGUCGGGGGGUGGGGACGAAGGCAAGGACGAGGAGAUUGACGGCGACGUGGUGGUCGAGUUGGAGGCUUUGGAUGCGACGUGCAAGAAUGGCCUCCCCUACGACAUGCGCUACUGCUGGGUCUGCAAGUUUGCGCACGGCAAAAUAGUCCAGGUGCGCGCGUACCUGGACACGGACUUGUUGACUAGGGCGUUGCAGCAGAAUCCGUGA